AUGGCGUUCAUGGCCGUCAAGGAAACGCAGCAUGGUCUCUUCCUCAAUCAAGGUCAGUGCUGCUGCUCGGGGACCCGCAUCUACGUGGAGGAGCCCAUCUACAAUGAGUUUCUGGAACGCAGUGCUGCCGCGGCCAAGGCACGCGUAGUCGGAGAUCCCUUCGAUCCCAAAACAGAUCAG